AUGACGAACAACAUCAAUGGUGGUGGUGGAAGGAGAAUCAAAGAAGAAAUUCGCAAAGAGAGAGACGAUGAUCUUCUCCUAUUCAAGGAGCUACGUAAGCGCGAAAAAGAUGGGAUUGCAACCCUCCUUCAACCUGUUUCCGAUGAAUUCAACCCCAGUGGUGCUGGACAUUAUGCACAACUCUACAGAAUUGCGUCUGGAAAAAAAGGAUACGAAUUUUUCCCUGAAAAUGACAAAAAUGAUUAUGAUUGGUUGAAAACUCCACCAGCAACUCCUUUGUUUCCAUCUCUAGAAAUGGAAACCAAUGCCCCUCAACUUGCUGUUCAACGUCAACUCCCAAUCAUCCAACCGCCGCCAACUCUAUCAAGGCUAAUUCGGAUUAUAAACAACAUGCAGUUUUCAGGCAACCCGUCGGAGGCAGCCAAUGCGAGCAGUAUUGGUGUAAGACCAAGAACUCCAACCACAAAACUCAACAACUUACCUUUAAGAUUCAAAACUCCAAACCACGGAACGAGGAGUAUAUCCUCCACUGAAACAAGAAAAUCCCCAAUUUUUCAACAGAAAACGAUUCAACAUCAACAACAGACGACAGAUUUCAUAACCUCAAACCUUUCCAAGACAAAGCCUAAAAGCAGAGGCGUGUCACCACUAGUGAGAUCAACCAUUCCAGCACCAACGGUAGUGCCGCCUGGGUUUUCUACUGAGACACCUUCUAAUCUAAGGACGGAUCGUUCUACUUCUGCUACACGAGGCAGACCACCAAACUCUGCACUAGUUGCAUUGUUGAAUAAUCAAAAGCCAGAAGUAGAACCCCCCAUUUCGAAACCUAAAAAUAGAAGACAAUCGUGCUCACCAAGUGUGACAAGGGGUCGAAGAGUAGUAGCAGUAGUGGAAUCUAAGCCAGAGAGUAGCCAGACGGCUGGAAAUGGGACUCAGUUUAUGGGGAGUAGGAUGGUAGAGAAGGUGAUGAAUGCUAGGAAAUUGUCGGGUUCAGGCGGUGCUUUUGCUGAUCAAGGAAAAAUGUACUCACGAGCUGCUGCUGGCUCUGUAAACGGUAGCCCCUCCGCUUCAGGUUUCGGUUUCGCUGGGAUGACGUCAAAGAGCUCACCGGACGUGGCCCUCAAGCACAUGGUAAGAGGCCUAAUGGCCUAUCCUAGCCUCCUCAGUAAUUAAAUUCAGAAGCACUACUAGGUACUGUUGGAAAUUGAAUUGCUUAAUUUAUUAUGAAAUAUUUUGGCAAUUAAUGUUUACCAUGGACUUUUGAC